AUCAAAAAUAAAUUUGACAGUUCAAUUUUUUCGCGAAGGGAAAAAGGAAAAGAAAUUUUCCUGCCUAAUUUAGUUAAUAAAAUUCACGAAAACUGUGAAAAUAUUUAUUCACUUGUGCCACAUAUUAUCUAAUGGAGGUAGUUUUAGUGCUAUCAACCCGGAAAAUAGAUUCAUUUUGAUACACAAUUCCACCCACAAUACAGACAAUUAAAGAAGUUUCUGACCUCCCGCCUGUAUAAACUCCCUCUCACUCGCGAAAGCACAUCUGAGACUAUUACCAACACACACUGACGAAGACAUCCAACUCUCGGACAAAUAAGUAACAACAAUAUAUAUGUGUAAAGAAAAUCUCGACAAACAACUAUAUAGUAACUCCAAUGCUGAAAAGCUCACCCGUUGAGUUGUUUGUGAAUAAAUUUGGAGUGUGAGUGCGCGGAGAGCUAACGAGGUUUUCAAUCGAGCGCCUCUAAAGAGAAGUUUUUAGGUGUUUGACCAAAGCUACAGCCGUGAGUUUCUCACUUUUAGUUUCAUUUAAACCACCAACUUGUGCACAUUUUGCGUGAUGCGAUUGUAAUAUUAUAUACCUUUACUCUUUUUUUUUGUUUCUCUCAGUGAAUCUUAUUUCACAUUUAUUGAUAUAUUAUGAAAUUGUGUGUGGUGUAUCCCCCACGACUUGCCAAAUGUAAUUUUCUUGCCUGACUGUCACGUACAUUCACUCCCCUCAAUAACAAUGCAAUUGAGAUUAAUUUAAUUGUGAUUCUCGGGUCUGCUUGAGAUUGGAUGUGCAAAAGUUUAAAUUGAAAUGUGAAUUUUGUGUCAGAUGUCUCAAGAAAAGCUCUAUUGGUAAUUCAAUAAUAAUUAUUCAUUAACAUUGCAUUAUAUUCUUUGAAGAUUGUCAUGAAAUGUUUCGUGUUGUAUGUGAGGGUGAUGAAAAGUAAUUAGAGGUGUGCUAUAUGGAAAAGUUUACGAAAUAAUAUUGAUUUGGGUGAAAUAAUAAAUUUUUCACGUAAAUUACAAAGUGUGGCAUUCAUUUGGGUGCAACUUGAUCGUUGUCAAAAAGUGUGUUACAAUUGUUGUGAGUAAAUUGGAUUGUUCUCUAUAAAAUAUGUACAUAUAAGUGGUUUAAAUUUUCAGUAACCUCCCCCUCAAUUAUGCAGAAUUAUAGAACAAUUUAUUAUAUCCAUGUGCUAAAUUCAUAGUGAUGUUUUGCUGUUUGUCUGAUGUUAUUUCAUCAUACACACUUGAUCAUACGAUACUGCAUGCUGCAAAAGAAGCGGGUUAAAAUGUGUCAAUGCUAAAAAAGAGUGAGAGACGUGUGUGCGUAAGAAUGUUGAGAUCACUAAAACGCAUAAGUUGGUUAUUUUUUGCACAAUUAUAUCGAUACUAGGUUAAUUUGCGCACUAAUGAUUGACAAGAGGUGUAGUGCAGCAGAGAAUACUUGAGCUUGAGAAGGUAAAGAGGUCAAACAAAUUCAAGUGACUUUUAAAUUUAAAUAUACAGUGAUGCCCACAUCUUAGCAGACAUUUUAACUGAAGAAUAUUUAGGGCCAGAAACUUGUGAAAAAUAGAAGACUCUCUUAAGAAAGUUAUGAUAAAGUAAAUAUAUUUAAUUAAAAACUUCUUCAAAACCUACCUUGUAAUGUGAAAAGAAAACAAUUUUAUUUAAAAAGGUCUUUAAGUGAGUUCUGUUAACUAUCUGGAAGCACCACUGUAUUUGCAAUUAUGUGCAAACACUGAGGGCUUACACAUUAAAUGCAGGAAAAGAUUUGUUUAAAAAAAAGAACCAUUUAUCAUUCUCUCCUACGCAAUUUAUGCAUUAUUGCAAGAAAAAUCUGCAACAGCGGGAUUUUUCUCUGAAAAACACCUCUUUUCAUCGCCAUUAAGUGUUAUCUGAAAAGGUAUGAAAGGUACGAGGGAGAGAGAGAGAAAAAAAAGCAAUGAAAAAUGAAUACAAUGCAAUAAUAUUCUUCCUUAUGGUGAAAAGUCACAUUGUUUGUUGGCAAUAAAUAAGCAGAAAUAAUUGUGAAAUUAGUUAAGAAAUUAAUGUAAACCAUGUCAUUUCCAUGAAUUUUUUUUUAUCUUUAUUUGUUUGUUCAUCAAACAAAUUGGAGGUAGUUAAGAGAAAUAAUAUUUUCUCUUCGCAAGAAGUUAUAAUAAUUUAAAGAAUUCUUAAUGUAUAAAGUUUGUCUGAAAAUAAGAUAGAGUUUGCUGCAAAGGUCACACGUAUGUAUAUAUUCCCAAAUAUCUUCUUAUAAACAUAAAUGAAUGCUUACAAGGAAAAUCAAGCAGCAAUUUGGUGUCAUUAUCAAUUAAUAUUACCUUGAAAUGAUGUUUGUGUGUGAGUGUGUUUAUAUUUUUUGCAAAAAGAUCACAAAUAGAAGAUGAUUCCUGGAUAGAAAUUAUCAUAUAGUGGCUACAGCAUGUUAUUAAUUUGAGGUUUUCCCGGGUAUUAUUUUCAUAAAAUGAAAAUGAUGAAAAAUGAUUUGAUGAGUGUAUUGUAUUGUGUUUAUAUUAUUAUAUAUUUGCAUUAGAGAUGUGAGAUAGAUAGAAAAAAAUAGGAGGAAGAAAUGAUAAUGAUAUAAAUGUGUUUGAGAACAAAAGAGGAAGAAUAAAAUGAUGAUUUCUUGCUUGAAUGACAUUUAACUUUAUGAAUCAAUAUGUAAAUCUUCGUCGUCUUUUAGCUUACAUUUUCCAUGUGAUUUUCGUCUAAAAUAGAAUUAUUUUCAUUGUAUAUUAUGUGCAAUGAAGAGAAUGUUGUAAAAGAAAUAAUUUAUGAAUUUUUCUUUGCAAAAUUGUAUAUUUUCUUAAACGUAAUGUGAAUUUGUGGGUUUCCUAAAAACGAUGCUUUGUGUUUUGUAUGAGGUGCUUUUAAUGAAUUCUUGCCUAUGUGGCGGAGCUUCAUUCACAAAUCACCACGGAUGAAUGAGCGAGUGAGGGAAAUACACAAAUUAAUUGAUUCUCAUUAACACAGAAGGCAGAAAAGAAGAAGUGUAGGUAGGUGGAGGAGGUAGAAGAGAUUUUAUUGGAGAGGGAGAGAAGCACAAGUUUGGAGGAAAUUUAUUUGUGGAUUCUCUUCAAUAUCGUACACGAAACAUACACAGACCUCCACGUGGUUACAAAGUGCCCCAAUAGAACUGUUUUGUACUGAAUUAAACGACGUGAAUUAAGUUGCAACUGUGACGGAAAUUUGAUUUAUUAUUUUUUUUUUUAUAAAAAUGCAUUUCAAUUGAAUAAUUGCAAUAUUUCUAAUUUUUCUGUGUUUAUUUUUAAACUACUAAAAGGUAAAUUCUAAUUAUCGCAGUCAAUUGACCGAAAUGCCAUGGCAUUCAAUUCCUUGAGUUCUUGAGCAAUUACAGUGUCUGUGUGUGUUCCGUUUUUAUUUCUAAAUGAGGAAACAAUUAUCGCUGUUGAUGAAGUACAAAAUAUGGGUUGUCGAUUUUGCACAAAGAUAAAUAAUAUUUGCCAAGGUAUUCUAACACUAAGUUGUUGUGUUUCGUUCUUUUACUUCAUUCAAGACCAUCACUGCUGGCUCGUCAUCUAGUCGAAAACUUCAAGAGUGUUGUUCAACUCUGAAUGUGCAUUACCUACAAAAUAUUUUUCAAUUUAAAAUAAAUACUCCAAAUUCACCAGAAGAUUGGAAUUUAAUUUUUGUAGUGCUGUGGUUAUGUCUUCACCAUUAGAUGCACUGCAAAACAACAUGAGUGGGUGGAUUGGCAUGCAAUUGAGUAAAUGCUAAUUGAUUUGCUGAAACUAUUUGUGGAUCUUCAACAGCAAGACUAGAGAAAUGCGUAGGAGUACACGAAAUGCACUGAGUUUCCCGGAUUUUUCCCUCAGGAGACUUCUCCUGCAGGGUGCCCGGGCAGCUCGUGGUAGCCCACCACUGGGACAGCGACUGUGUGAUGUUGAAAAGGGUGCAUCGAAGCACGAUAAGAGCCAUGCAAGUGCCAGCGGAAGUGGGAAUAGCAAGAGCCAUGGUGACGCAACGUCGUCAAAUGUGAAUGCAAGUGUAACACCACCACCACCGCCAAAAUGUAGUAAUUUAUCAUCUUCCGAGCAACGAGACUCAGAUGGGGGUGCAAUGGCAAAAAUGGGGGCCACAUCUGAGGAAUGUCUUCUAUGCUACAAUCACACAUCGCGUGAUGAUUUCUAUUCACUUUUGACAUGCAACCACACCACGUGCCGUGGUUGCCUCGAGAACUAUCUAAUAAUUGAGAUUACAGAAUCCCGCACUGAUAUAGCCUGUCCUCUCUGCUUGGAGGCAAUGCAUCCGAGCGAUAUUCAGAAGCUACUAAAAAACCACCCGUCCAUCAUGAGCAAAUAUGAGGAUUUUAUGGUGAGACGUGUCCUCCUUGCGGACCCAGAUUCACGAUGGUGUCCAGCACCGGAUUGUGGUUUUGCCGUCAUUGCGACGGGAUGCGCCUCAUGUCCACGCAUAAAGUGUGAACGUCCUGGCUGUGAUGUGAAUUUUUGCUAUCAUUGCAAAGCCGAAUGGCAUCCCGAUCAGACGUGCGAUGCCGCAAGGGCGUCUCGGCAUAGUCCCACACGAGCGCCAUCCGGGAGCAUUAGUCAAGACUCCCAGCAUCGCGACGACAUAAAACCGUGUCCACGGUGUCAGGUGUUGAUUGUGAAGAUGGAUGAUGGUUCAUGCAAUCACAUGGUUUGUGCCGUAUGUGGGUCUGAAUUUUGCUGGUUGUGCAUGAAAUUAAUCACUGACCUACACUAUUUAAGUCCAUCCGGUUGCACAUUCUGGGGUAAGAAGCCAUGGUCACGCAAAAAGAAACUCCUAUGGCAAUUGGGAACUCUAGUCGGAGCACCAGUUGGUAUUGCACUUGUAGCUGGAAUUGCGGUGCCAGCAAUGAUAAUAGGAAUUCCAGUCUGGGUGGGCCGGAAAAUUCAUGCACGCUACAAAGUGGCUGGAAAGCACAAGAGGAACUGUGCUGUGCUCGGAGCUGUUGCCGCAUCCGUCCUCGUGGCACCGGUUCUUGCCGGCUUAGCUGUGGCAAUUGGUGUUCCGAUUCUUCUCUUCUAUGUGUAUGGCGUGGUACCCGUAUCACUGUGCCGGGCCGGCUGUGGAGUAUCAACCACCAAGGAUGGCUUCAAAUUUGACUUUGAAGAGGAAUACGGUGCCACACGAAAUCCUGAUGCUGCGAGUGUGGAUGCUGUGUCGCGAAUUGGAGCAACGAGUAUUGGAGAAGUGAGUCUGAGUGUUGCCAGUGGAAGCCAUUUGGGGGUUUCGGGACAGAAUCCAAGUAUUGGAGUUGUGAGUUCAUCCACAAGGGAAUCCACAACAGCUCUUGCAGGCAGUAUUACAGGACAUCGUUUGGAGGUUCAAGCGGAUGUGAGUACAUCGGAAACAGCCUCAGCUGUAACGUGUGUGAGUGAAAAAUCCGGAAAUACUCUCAACGACACAGCAUCUACGCGAGCUCUUGCUGGAUCAAUUCUCAGCUCACGGCAGCACAUUGAUUCGGCUAACGUGAGCGAGGAUGGCAUUUCUGAACGGGUGCGAUUCGACAGCACUAUUUGCUACGUGAUUGAUGGGAAAAAGGAAUCAGAUGCCUGGUAUACAGUUCCCCUUGACCAGGAUUUGGGAGCUGAUAAAUUGAGCGUAGAUAGUGGUCGAUCAAUGAGGAGUUCCGAACGAUCAUUCCGGGAUGAGUUGGAUUCAUCGAGUUUGUCAUCUGGGCACAAAAGGAUGACAUUUUCCCAGAGAAAAUUGACAAAUUCCCAACAUAGGAAUUUAUCGGUGGACAGCAACACUGGUUCCAAUAACUACAUCCCCGAGAAUGUGAGCCUAGAGGUGGAGGAAGAGGAAGAGACUAAUAGAGCGGAUGAACCCACAAUUUCCGUAACAUUUGAGAAUGGUGUUGUGGAUGAUGGGGCGUCGUCUUCCAAGGGGAAAGGGCACGAUGUGGGGUCAGCGAAACAAGAUAAAUCAAAUGCAAAGCGGUCAGCAACGAAAACGGCAAUUUUGCGUAAUUUAUUCUUUUUUCAAAAUGAAAAUGGUGGCCCAAAGUCAUAGGAAAAUUCAACAUUUAAACCAUCCUAUAUACUUUUAUAGUUCUCUAAGACUUUAUUUCUCCAUUUUAAUUUUCUCUCUCUCUUUUUUAAUAAUUUAUAUUAAUUAUUUUUCAUCGACUAUUGCCCACAAGGAUGCAUUUUUAACUAAAAGAAAAAGAAAGGAAGGAAGGAUUAGAAGAAAAAAAUACGCACAGACUUUGACAUAAAUGUGUGUAGUGUGGGUGGAUAUUUUAUGGAUUUUCAAAAUUUUAAUUUUACUGAAAUUUUAUUCUCCAAAAUGAAGAAUAUUUCUAUGUGAAAUUCACAAUAUUUGCGAAAAAAUACGUCGUUCGGAAUAUUGGCAUUGAAAUGCUCUAAAAAUUAUGAGAAAAGAAUUUUCAUUCUUUUUAUACAAAAUGUUUGUUUUUGAAUUAAAUACCUAUGAUUUUGUUAAUUCAAUUAAAUUUCAAUAAACAUUUGAAAACAAUAAAAAAAAUAUUUUUUCUAGGUCCGUGAAUUAGUAUUCGGCCUAGCAAAUAGCUCAAUAACCUCCUAAAAAUCCUAUAGAAGUUAAAAUAUGUAGAACCUUAAUCCCAUAUCAGUUCUGUUUGUGAAUUAAAUUAAAAUUCAUUAUUUUAAAUAAUUUUAUCAAAAAAGUUUAUCAAAAGAAAUUUUCUUCAGAAGAAAUGAAUUUUAACAUUUUUCAUUUUAUCUUAAUCUAAAAGCUAGCUCUGUAGCUGCCUGUUAGCUGAUAUGGGAUGAUCGCACAAUAGAAAUAUUAAUAUUUCUAUAUUUUCCCUCAAAUACUGCCUCUCAAACAGCUAAAAAUAAAACCUAAAUGUUAAAUCCAAAACUUUUGUAAAUGGUGCUAAUUUAUAAUUGAAAAGUUAGAAGGAAAAAUAUGAAUGUUUUAAGAUUUAUUAAGAAAAUGAAUUUAUUUCUAAAAGCUAUAAUCUUCCGAGCGACCCUUCAAUCUUCCAAAAUAUUAUAUUUUAACAACAAUAACAUUCACUGCAGUUAAAAUCAGAGGAUAAAAUAAAAAUGAAAUAUAAAUGUAUUGCUAAAUAAAAAAAAAAAUAACUUGCUAUGAAAUAGAAUUAAAACGAUGCUAAACGAUAAAUAAAUAAUAAAAAUUGAAGAAAAUAAUGUUCCAAAAAAAGAGGAAGAAGGAGGAUAUUGAAGAAUAUGAUUAUAGCUACAAUUUUUCACACAAUGUCGUGCGUGAGUGAGUGUUUAUAAAAUUGAUGGAAAGUAAUGUGGAAGUAUGAAGAAAAAAAAGGAUCAAAAACAUAAAAA